AUGUUACCCUCUCGAACCAUCGGAAAGGCGCGACGCCGCUCGUCCACUUCAGUCAGCAAGGCUCACAAUAAGCGUCCAAAGCUCGAGGAUCAGGAGAAUGAGGAAGAAGACGAGGACAUGACUUCCAUUCUGCUCCAAAUAGAGCAACAUGAAGCCAGCGAAGCGCUUGCACGGCGUCUCCAGAAUGAGAUGCUACGUACGCAGAGUCAGAGCUCCUCGGCGUUGCGCCCUGGCGACUCUCCGGACGUUAUCGUCAUCGAGGACGAUGACGAUGCGACAAUCGCUAAACGUUUGGCCUCAGAAUGGGCCAGGGAAGACAGUGAUCAAGACAGCGGAGAAUUUCCACCGCCUCGACGCGAUGCAGAAUUGCCCAGACGUACAAGCGACGGGACAGUUUCUGACCGGGGCAUAUACACUCAGAAUGCGUUCGAAGUACCUCCUGAUCAGCAACUCAUGCCGUAUCGUGAUUUGUUUGUCAGCCCAAAGAUCUGCCCCGGGUGCAGAUGCAAGAUGGAAUCCCCGAGAGGACAUGUUAUGUUCUCUGCGAAUGUUCCGCCUCCGACUGUCGUCCGUCUCCUCCAUGUGACGUGCAGCCAAUGCCAUGCUAAUCCUGGGUGCACUGUGGAGAAGUGCUGUGCUGAAGUGCGCGCCAUCGCCUUGUUUGAAGCAUUGGGCGGAUUCGAUCGUCAAUACAUUGGCGAGCGCAUCGUCAGCAACACUCGCGCGAGAGCCCAGACGGCUACUCGUAAACAGCCCAAUGCAGGCAGCGUUGGGCCCGGAGGCACCGGCUACGGCGUUGGAACUACUGGCUACGAUCACCACAGUUAUCCCAGCGGUGGGCGUGCCUGGAAGGCGGAUGUGGAAAUUGGCAUCGACCAUCAUGCUGCAUUAGCAGCGCACUGGGAGGACGCUAUCGUUCGCGCACUGAAGACGGUCACGACGUAUCUUCCGGCUCCAUAUUCCGAGGACGCGCAAGCAUACGAUAUGCUUCCUCAUCCUUCGAUUCAACCACUCUUAGCUCUCUCGCAGCUGACCGAUUUGCUCGGCGAUCUUCUUCGUAACGACUCCGUCACGGACUGGACGGGUGCGCGCGGGGAGACGUACGCAGCCGUGUUGGGCUUGCUAAAACGCAUGGCAGAUUGCGAGUUCACGAUCCCGACCUUGGUGCAGGAGCGAUGGGCACGCACAGACCGGAAUGUUGGGAUCGAGGAGUGGAUGUGGGGUGAGACCGAGAUCGCAUGGGAACGUGAUGAAAGAGGAGGAUGCACCGAGCCCAACGGGGAACCAGGCGAUUUCGCCCGAAAUCCGCCUUUGUACGACUGUUUUAAGAAGCUGACGAAGCAAUGUGAGGCCUUCCUGGGCGGCGUGGCGCAGCUGAUGGAGAAUAGCCAGGACGACAUCGAGGCAACGAUCCAGGCGGCGUCAUUGUGUGGGGACAUGAUCGCUGCUAGGGAUGACAUCGAUCGAGCCAUGGAAGUCUUGGGCAGGACAACUCUGCGCUCCCGGUGUUCCAAGGGCAAAUCCAAAGCGGGCGACCCGAAAGCGGACAUGGAGGCUACGUAUGCGCAAGCUUGCGAGCGACUCGCUUUCAGGCACGUUACGCUUUCGGUGGCUGGUGCGAAUGGGCUGUCCUAUCCAACCUUCCAUUACACGAGGGAGGUGCAGUCGACGGCGAAUGCCACUCGCCUUCCUAAGGACAGGCUUCGCCUGGUGAAGGAACUCUCCACAAUGUCGACGUCGCUGCCAACAGGCGUAUGGGUACGCGUUGACGAAACCCGAAACGACGUGAUCAAAAUCAUGAUCGCUGGCCCGGACGGGACACCGUACGCAGGAGGCUUAUUCGAGUUCGACUGCUUUAUACCACUGGAAUAUCCAAAUACACCGCCUCUGAUGUACCUCCGCACCACGGCUGGCGGCCGUGUCCGCUUCAACCCCAACCUAUAUGCAGAUGGCAAGGUGUGCCUAUCUUUGCUCGGUACCUGGCACGGACGUCCAGAAGAGCAAUGGUCUUCAAAGUCUACGCUCUUGCAAGUUCUAGUCAGCAUUCAAUCCAUGAUCUUUGUGGAUCUCCCCUACUUCAACGAACCCGGGCACGGCAAAGCUAAACCAAAGGACCCGAGGAGUAUCGUCUAUAACAAGCACAUCGCACUACAAACCGUUCGAUGGGCGAUGGUCGAGUGGCUGCACGAUGACCAUAAGGCCGGACUGUGGGGGGACGUGAUCGCCUCUCACUUUGGCAUUCGUCGGCAGCCUAUACGUGAAUGCGUCGCUAAAUGGGCACCGGCCGAUCCACGCGUGCGAGCGUACCGUAUCAGCUCGACGGCAACUGCAGGUGGAUGGUACGAGGAUGGCGUCGGCGCAGGAGCGAGCUCUGCCAUACAUGGCGCUUCCGAGCAAGGCACGAUGGAUUUGCUUGCCGAGUACGACAAGCGGAUAGCCAAGGUCAUGCAGUGGUCCUUCGUGAACCAGGUGGGGGCCUAG